CCUGCCGGGAGAAGGUCACCUGUGUGCCAGGACACCUGUACGUGUGUCCCGGCCACUGUCACCACCGCGGCCCCAGCCCCGUUGCGGGCGGGCCCGGCGGGCGGGUGACAGCCGCACCCUGGACCGGGCGGGUGCUUCCCGCCUCCCUGUCCCCAUCCCUGUCCCCGCCGAGGCCACUCGGGCUCCGUGGCCUCACCGGACACCCCCAUGCAGCGGGAGCGCGGGGAGCAGAGCCCAGGAGCCCCCGAAACCGAGAUCAAGGCUGUCAUCGUGGGGGAUGGCGGCUGCGGGAAGACGUCACUGCUGGUGGCCUUCGCCAAAGGGGACUUCCCCAAGGUCUAUGUCCCCACCGUGUUCGAGAAGUACACAGCGUCCCUCCAGGUUGCCGGCAAGCCCGUGAAGAUCCACCUGUGGGACACAGCAGGACAGGAAGACUAUGACAGGCUUCGCCCUCUGUCCUACUCAGAUGCCAACGUUGUCCUCAUGUGCUUUGAUGUCACCGACUCAAACAGCUUUGACAACAUCCUAACAAAGUGGUACCCGGAGGUGAACCACUUCUGCAAGGGGGUCCCGGUGCUGCUGGUGGGCUGCAAGACGGACCUGCGGCAGGACCAGGAGGUGCUGCAGAAGCUGAAGGACGGACGGAUAGAGCCCGUGUCCCGCCAGCAGGGAGAGGCCAUGGCCCGGCAGGUCCGCGCCGUGUCCUACAUGGAAUGCUCGGCCAGGUACCAGGAUAACGUCGGGAACAUCUUUGUGACAGCCUGCAGUGCCGCCAUCAAUGCCGCCCGCCGGAGGCAGCGCAAGGCGGGACCCAGGAGGGUCUGCGUGAUCCUCUGAGCCCCCCGGCUCGGCACAGCCUCCCCGGGAUCUCCUGCUGUCCCCGAGCUCCGACCGCACCACGGCUGCUGCCACACCUCUGCCUCUGCCACCACCCGAAUGCCGCUGCCACCCUCCCGACCCGGGGCUGGCACCGCUGGUCACCAUGGGGUGACAGCAGGAAAGCAUUCCUGGCACGAACUGUCCCGCCAGGAAUCCCAGCUUCCUGUGCCACCAUGGCUGCCAGCAUCCCCUGCCAGCCGGGCUCUGGGGGCAGAGAACUGAUUUGGGGGCUCCCCGCUGGCAGGCCAGCGCCGGAGGGUGACACGGGGUGACCGCAGGGCGAUCUUCUGCCAUUAAAGUGACACAAAACUCAUCGGCGUGAACGGUCCCUGGGGCAGGAGCAGCCCCUGCACGGCCUGGGCACAUCGAGGACUCCGGGUGGGCGUCAGGGACAUGGUGUGAGUGUUGGGAUCCCGCCAUGGGCCCGGGG